AUGGCCUUUCUACCUCUCCUUCUCGUCCUUGGUCUCUACUCGGGUCUCUGCCUGAGCAACCCCUUCUACGGUCCGCCGGAUGCCCUCACGUCUUGCCUCGCUACGGCGUCAGUCCCCUACGCAGCAGAGAACUCGAGUCAGUGGAUACAAGACACCAAACCAUACAACCUUCGCCUGGCAUACUUCCCCGAAGCGGUCGCGAUCCCGACAACCAUCAAGCACAUCCAAGAUGCAGUCAAGUGCGGCAGACAACACGGAGUCAGGAUCAGCGCUAAGAGCGGAGGACACAGCUAUGGUUCCUUCGGCUUUGGUGGUGAAGAUGGCCAUCUGGUCGUUGUCAUGGACGCCAUGAACAAGGUCACUCUGAACAAGGACAUGAGCUGCACCAUCCAGGCCGGUGCACGGCUUGGCCAAGUCGCCACAGAACUGUUCAACACGCUUCGCAGAGCUCUAUCCCAUGGGACCUGCCCUGGUGUCGGCAUCACCGGCCACGCCCUGCACGGCGGUUACGGCAUGUCCUCUCGUAUCUACGGUCUCACGCUCGACCGCCUCGUCGGCGCGACGGUGGUGAUGGCGGACGGAUCGAUCAAGUAUAGCUCGGAGUGGGAUACACCAAACUUUCACUGGGCACUCAAGGGAGCCGGGUCUUCGUUUGGCAUUGUCGCUGAACUCGACUUUAUGACAUUUGCGGCACCUGAAGUGCUCACGUCUUUUAGCAUCGACCUUGACUGGAGUGAAGACGAAGCGGUUAAGGGGAUAUUGGCCUUUCAGGAGUUUGGAGUCAACGCCCCGAGGGAGCUGAACAUGCAGAUCUUUAUGGGACCUAGAGGCCAGGCGAUCCAGGGCCUCUAUCACGGCAGCAUGGAGGGCCUGAAUGCAGCUCUGCGACCGCUUUUGGGAGAGAUUAACGCGCAAGUCUCAAAGACAAAGACUAUGAACUGGAUUGAGAGCGUGGAACAUUUCGCUGAUGGACAGCCGCUUGUCCAGAGGCGUCCGUAUGACAGGCACAGCACGUUCUACACGACCAGUCUUUUGACGCAUGCUCUCACGAGACGCCAAAUCGAGUCCCUUGUCAACGCUCUCUUCACCGACGCCAAAGACCCCUCGGCGCGAAAAUCGUGGUACCUCCUCCUCGACCUCUUCGGCGGCCCCAACUCGGCCAUCUCCGAAAAGUCCCCCUCCUCCACAGCAUUUCCCCACCGCGACAAGCUCCUCCUCUACCAAUUCUCCGACGGCGGCUCCAACGGCUCGUACCCGCCCGAAGGGUUCGACCUCCUCCGAAGGUUUAGGGAGAGCAUCACGUCGAGCUUGGCAGACGGGGAGUGGGGCAUGUACGCCAACUACCUGGACACGCAGCUGGAUGGUGACACGGCGGCGAGGCUGUACUAUGGGGCGAAUCUGGAGAGGUUGAGGGAGUUGAAGAGGGAGUUUGAUCCCGAUGAUGUGUUUUGGAAUCCGCAGGGUAUCAGGCCGGCUUAG